AUGAAGUUUGGACAGAACCUCCCUCGCAACCAGGUACCCGAGUGGGCUUCUGCAUACAUCAACUACAAAGGCCUCAAGAAGUUGAUCAAGGCAGCUGUCCAGCACAGCGCCGAAGCUGGCGGCGAAGUCGAUCUUGCAGAAUUCUUCUUCGCCCUGGACCGCAACCUCGAAGAUGUCGAUAGCUUCUACAACAGAAAACACGCCGAAUUCGCACGUCGACUCAGACUCCUCUACGAUCGCUAUGGACAAGCUACCCAGCCACAAGAAAGCAUGGACAAGGAAGAGAUGGAAGAUCUGAUGGGCGCGUUGCUAGAGCUCAGAGGACAAUACCGCAACCUCAUCUGGUUUGGCGAAGUCAAUCGCAGAGGCUUCGUCAAGAUCACCAAGAAGCUUGACAAGAAGAUCGAGGCCUCUCAUUCGCAAAAUACAUACCUGGCUUCCAAAGUCGACCCCAAGGCGUUUGCGAACAAUCGCAGGACCGAGGCAGACAUGCGUGCCAUUAACGACUGGCUGUCAGGCCUGGGGGAUGUCAAGGUCUUUGAUGACAAUGCUUCGAUCGCCUCUACCGGCUCGCUGCACCGCGUUUCAUCUAAAAAUGCCAUGCGAGUGCCUACAGCUGUGCUGGACACUCUGGAGCAGAACGUCCGCCAGGAUGAUCUUCCCAAACUACAAGAGACCAUCUCGACCUCUCUGAAGGAUCUGUCCACUUCUAUUAUUCAGAAGCUCAUGCUCAAUCUUCUGCAGCGUGCUAUUUCCGCAAAGUCUCAAGAUUGCAUCAAGUAUCUGCUAUCACAAAUCUCUUCUCUCACCGAGGAUGAUGACAUGAACAAGCGAAAUGUCAUUCAUCGCUUGGUAAUUGCGACUGGCCGCGCAAGAGCUCUGGAAGAAAAUGGCCCGGCUGCAGUUCCAACCGGUGCAGAAAUAAACUCCUUCAUCAACGCAGCAGAACUCCCGGUUCGUGUUCCCUCUUCGUUCAAGGUCCAGGAGAAGGACGUCGCCCAAACGCUUGGCCAAGAUGAUCCCGCUAUCAAGAUUCUGACAUAUGUCCUCUCCAACCUGUCCGCCGAGCAGAGAGCAGUACUGAAGGAAAGAGAUACAUACGGUCGUCUACCUCUUCACUACGCCGCACAGUAUGGUCUGGUAGCCGCAUCUCAAACUAUCAUCAAGUACAUGCAAGCUUGGAACCAGUUCGAUGUCACCAAGGGUAUUGACUCUGACAUCUGGCAAGACGCCGAAGGAUACGCGCCUCUCCAUCUCAGUGUCAUCGGCGGUCACUACAGAACCACAAAGACUUUGCUCAUGGCUGAAGACUGGCAUGGCGAGGCCGAGGACAGCCAUACUGCCAGGCGUAACGUUGAGAAGUCGGGCGCUGCACUGGCUUUGGCGACGAAGAACAACUUCUACAUGAUCGUCAAAUUACUCGUCGAUGCUGGCAUUGACAUCAACUAUCAAGACGAGCAAGGGGAAACAUCGUUGCAUGUUGCUGCUCGCUUCGGCUUUGUCGAGUGCACAAAAUCUCUACUCGAGGGCUCCGAGACUCAGAGAGCCAACCUCGAGAUCACCGAGAAGACAUAUGGUUGGACGCCACUUUUCAUAGCAUGCGUUGAUGGCCACUUACCAAUCGUUGAACUGCUCAUUGAGGCUGGUGCUGAGACAGGCAAGGCUGAUCUGUCGGGUUGGAUGCCUAUUGAGCACGCUGCUCUUAGAGGUCAUCUCGAGGUUGCAAACAAGCUGGCUGAUUUGAGCCCAACUCCUGAAAAUCUCGACGCACCCUCUCCACUCCUCAGACCCAGCAACGCUCCAGGUACAUCGCCAAAGAACAUUUCGUCCAUCGGCGACCGACGAUCCAACAUUCCUCAGGGCCGUGAUGCUCCUCGCAUUCCGGAGACUGUGAAGACUUUCGGUCACAGAUAUCUUACUGAUGAGUCCUUGGUGCUCGUCAGUCUCGGCUCUAUGGACAAUCGUAAGAACGUUCCAGCAGUCACUCUCGACAAUAUUCCUUUGGCAGAUGCGCAUGCUACUCAGCUAGACACUGCUCUUUCUCUGGUUGUGGCUGCAUCGGGUGCCAGUGGAGAACCAACGAUUGUGGAUCUGCCUGUCCAGGAGAACAUCAGCACUUCACCCAUCACAUUCAAGACUCGUGAUCCGACCAAAGUCAGGCUGCUCUUUGAUAUCGUUCCCACAUAUUCUGGAUCAAAGGACAAGAUUGUCGGUCGUGGUGUGGCUUUGCUUUCUAGUAUCAAGCCCAGCAUUGGCUCCAAGCGCAUGUUGCUUCAGGGUGACUUGAGCGUACCGAUCGUUGCUGCAGAGACAUUGGAUGUCAUUGGCUCUGUCAACUUCAAUUUCCUCAUCAUCACACCAUUCCAGCACCCCAAUAUGCACAUUGCUGAAAAUCAGACUUAUUGGAAGAGCACAUCGACACAAGUCAUCGGGCACCGUGGUUUGGGUAAAAACAUGGCAUCGAUGAAGUCUUUGCAGUUGGGAGAGAACACUCUUCAAUCCUUCAUUGCGGCCGCCAACUUGGGUGCAUCAUACGUCGAGUUCGAUGUCCAACUCACCAAGGACCAUGUCCCUGUCAUCUACCAUGACUUCUUGGUCAGCGAGACAGGUAUCGAUGCCCCUGUGCAUACCUUGACCCUGGAGCAAUUCAUGCAUGCAAGCGAGGGCCAAACACCGAGAGGCUCACGUCCUCCUUCACCCAAGAGAAGUCACCUAGAUGGCGUGUUUGAGCAGUCACGCAAGCAACGCUCCUACUCACUCGGCGGUGCUCAAGACGAACGCGCCCCUGACAUGUCGGAGCGUAUGAAGCACACGCGCGACUUCAAGGAGAAAGGCUUCAAGGGCAACAGUCGUGGCAACUUCAUCCAAGCACCAUUUACCACUCUGGAGGAAAUGUUCAAGACACUGCCAUCCUCGAUCGGCUUCAACAUUGAAAUGAAAGAACACGACAUGGACACGUACGCCGUAGAACUAAACUCGUUCGUCGACACCGUCCUCACCAAGGUCUAUGACUUGGGUACAGGCAGAAACAUGCUCUUCUCCUCCUUCAACCCAGACAUUUGUCUCUUGCUGUCUUUCAAACAACCUUCCAUCCCCAUCCUCUUCCUUUCUGACGCAGGUACCUCCCCCGUCGGCGACAUCCGCGCUUCCUCGCUCCAAGAAGCCAUUCGCUUUUCCUCGCGCUGGAAUCUUCUGGGUGUGGUUAGUGCUGCCGAGCCGUUGGUCACUUGCCCGCGUCUGAUUCGCGUGGUCAAGGAAAGCGGGUUGGUGUGUGUGAGUUAUGGCACCCUCAACAAUCAGCCGGAGAUGGUGGCCAGACAGGCCAAAGAGGGGAUAGACGCCGUGAUUGUGGAUUCGGUGUUGGCGAUCAGGAAGGAGUUGACGGCUGCGCAGCAGAAGGAGGGAGGUAAAGUUGAGCAAGGGCCCAUCAUUGAGGUUCCGCAGAUUGUGUCUACUGCUAAUGGGAAUGGGGUGCAUGCUAAUGGACAUGCUUGA